AUCAUUCGUGCAGGCGGUGUAGCAAUAGAUUAUGUUGUUCCUUUUCACUCGUGUCAUUCCUUUCUUCCUCCAUCCUCGUAUGCGCACGUCACACCCCGCCAAAGCUUACGUCAUUCCUCCACCGUCGGCGAACUGUUACAAUUCAGCUCCAACAAAGAUUAAGAAAGUUGGAAGGAAGUAAUGGUAUGCUCAGCAUCCUAUAUUCAAUUGGGACUUUAUUGCUCUCCGUAUAAAGAUCCUAUCAGGAAGCAUUUAGAACAUAAUGGUAUUCGGAACUGUGUUCUCUUUAGUAAAACCAAUUACCCAAAAUACCCCUAUAAAUCCCAAUGCUUUUUUCACCGACGAGAAAGGUCCAUUAGCAUGUAUGCUGAAUAUAAUUUGCCCAACCAAAAUAAAAAAUCACGAUCUGUAAUCGUAAGAUCUGAACUUGCCGGUACUGGGUCACCUGGAACAUCCUAUCAAUUAUCAGAAAUUCAGUUGGGGUCAAAAAUAAGAGGAAUUUGUUUCUACACCGUCACGUCCUUCAUUGCCGUAUUUUUAUUUGUGGUCAUGGUGGUGGGACAUCCAUUCGUGCUCUUAAAGGAUCGAUGCCAAAGAAAUUUCCAUAACUUUAUCGCUAAAAUUUGGGCGUCUAUGACGAUUGGGCCAUUUUUUAGCGUAAAGAUUCAGGGUUAUGAGAAUCUGCCUCCAAAAGAUUCUCCAGCUGUUUAUGUGUCCAACCACCAAAGCUUUUUGGACAUAUAUACCCUUUUAACGUUAGGCAGAAACUUCAAAUUUGUCAGCAAGACUGCAAUUUUCCUCUACCCUGUUGUUGGAUGGGCCAUGUACUUAUUGGGCACUAUUCCUCUGAAACGGAUGGACCGAAAGAGCCAAUUGCAAACACUAAAACGAUGCAUGGAACUUGUCAAAAAUGGCGGAUCCGUGUUCUUUUUCCCGGAGGGUACGCGAAGUAAGGAUGGAAGUUUAGGCGCCUUUAAGAAAGGUGCAUUUAGUAUUGCUGCAAAAACUGGAGCUCCAGUGAUUCCAAUCACUCUUGUGGGAACGGGUAAAAUUAUGCCUGCAGGGAUGGAGGGUACGGUAAACGCAGGAAGUGUAAAAAUCGUCAUUCACCCGCCUGUUAUAGGAGAUAAUCCCGAUAUAUUGUGCAACGAGGUUAGAAAUGUAAUUGCAGAUGAACUCGUUCGCAAAGAUUGACCGUAUAUGCAAGAAGUUUUGCUAGUUUUAGAUGCCAUUUUUCAAUUUGUUUGCAAAUGUGUCGUUUUCGAUUACUGUUUGUUACCUAUAAGCAAGUUAAGUUAACUAGAGUAGGUGAGUAGGCAGUUUACUUGUAAUUUCGCAAUAAUUAUAGUCCAUCUUCAUUCUUCAAGUUAGACAAUGUAUAGACCUUGUAACUCUGCUAUUAUUCCUAACUAAAAUUUAAAAAAAAAAUGACAAAAUUCAAUUA